AUGGCCGCCCUUCUAGAAACGCUCACAACAUUGAUAACCUCCAUCAAUUCGGCCUUUACCUCCCUGACAUCUCCCGAAUUCCCUCCAGUUGCCACGCCCGAAAACGGAAUCUCCCUUCUAGAAGUUAAAAAUGAGCUCCUGCUCUCGUACCUACACAACGUCGUUUUCCUCGUGCUCAUCAAGCUCCGCUCCGGCUCCCUAGAUCCUACCAAAAAAAACGGCCAGUUUGGAAGUGAGGUUGUCAAGGAGCUUGUUAAGAUCAGACUCCUUCUCGAGAAGGGUGUCAAGCCACUAGAGGCGAAGCUCAAAUACCAGAUCGACAAAGUUGUCGCCGCGGCCGUCGAUAAGGAGCUUUCAAAGGCUGGGAAUGCAGCAUUAAUGCCCGCCGCCGCCGCUGGCGCAACAGGAGAAGAAUCCGACGAUGGGGUUGAACACGACGACUACGGAGUCUACUCCAAGAAGACUACGGUAGCAGCGGCGCCCGCAUCUACGAUCGCCAACAAGGAGCUCUCGUUCCGCCCGAAUCCGAUGGCGCUGGCAAAGCCAAGUGCGGCGGCGCUUCCGAGUGUUGGCGAGACAGAGGGUAAAGAAGGAAUCUACAAGCCGCCGCGCAUCUCGGCGACAGUCAUGCCCGGUUUUGCAACAGCAGCGAGCGAGAAGAUUGACGGAAAACGCGAGAGAGAGAAUGCAGGCAGGAAUAAGAGCCACAUGCUGGAUGAGUUUAUCGCGGACGAGAUGUCGGCUGCGCCGAUGGCUACACCGUCUAUUGGAUCUACUAUUGUGGCUGGUGGAAGGGUGAUGAAGAGUUCCAGGGAGAGAAGGGAAGAGCAGGAGAGGAGAGAUUACGAGGAAAGCAACUUCGUGAGGUUACCGCAGCUAAGUAAGAAGGAGCUGCGGGAACGGAAGAGGAAGGGCGGGGACAAUGUUGGACAGUUUGGCGGUGAAGACUGGAGAGACUUUGCCGGCGAUUUAAAUAGAUUGACCAAGGGUGCGGGGAAAGGUGGCAAGAGUAGUAGACUGCUGGAGAACAGCAGGAAAAGACAAGGUGAUGAUGAGGGUGGGAGAAAUGGUGGGAAAGAACUGGGCUCCCUCUUUAACUCCAAGAAGAAGAUGAUGGCGAAGAGAAGGAAGACUUAG